AUGGACAUAGAAGAGCUACGCAGUGAGGAUGUUGUUAGGAAACUCAAGGAGUCUGAGGCUCUCGUUCUAUACCUCCGCACGGUUGUCGAGUCCAAAGACGACAAGAUUGCCCACUUGGAGCAGGAAAUGCGGCUGGCUGCGUCUCGCCACUCUGACGCUCUCACGAACCUGGGCGAAAUCCACGAUGCAGCCAUCGUGACCUUGAAAAAUGAGAUCAGUCAACUUCACGACACCAUUGAGCGAAUGAAUGGUGAGAUGGAGGUCAUGCAAGUAGCUGCACGGGAAAAUUCCCUCUUGCGGGCACAGAUUGUCCGGCUCAAGAAUGAUGCUGCCGUGGAAGUGAAAACGCAUCAAGACAAAAUGCAUGAACUCCGUAGUGAGAUUAGUCGCGUUAGGGCUAGUUUGGCAACAGAGUUUCACACCCAGCUGGAAAGUGUGUUGAGGGAGAAGACGGCCGAGCACCUUAUGGCAUUGCCUGUGAAGGCUCGAGAGGCCUUGGCCGAGAAAGAACUGCUGCGCUUUCAGUUGGCUAAUCAGGAUAAAGAAAUUUUUGAGAUCUGUACCGAGUCAUUUAAUCUACGGAAGCAGUUGAAGGACAAAGAGUUUGAACUAGAGACUCUCAAGGAAGAGAUUCAGGCGUUUAGCAAAAGCAAUGCUCAACAGAAGAAAAAGUUUCAGGCGCAGCAGAAGCGGAUGAAUGAAAUUUUGGAGGAAAACUCAGAUCUCCGUGGGCAAAGUACCGCUCUGCAGGUCACAGCGAAACAAUUACAAGAUGCUAACACUAAGCUUGACGUUAGCCUAAGGGAACUUCAAGAAAUGAAACUCCGAUACUCACUGCUGAUGAAGGGGAUGCUCAAGGUCUGCCACCGCUUUUCUGUUUCUGUCGACAUGUUUUAUUCUGACCCGUUUGAAUCAGCUGCUGCGCAGAUUGAUGUACCAGCCCAAAAACCGCAAUCCAAAAGGUCUUCUGGUUAUGGAGAACCAGGUGCUAGACCCAAACCACCAGCAGAUAUACGUGAUAAGUCUGGUCGCCUGCGAAAGGCUGACGGAUCGCUGCGAUUUAUCCUUCCAGAAAUAUAG